AUGGAGUUUGGAGGACCUAAUCGCCGCUAUGGCCAACACACCAGGAGACGCGGUUCCAGCUCUGACGAAGAGCCGCAGGAUGAGGAGAAGUACGUGCCACCGGCUUCCGGCAGCGAGGACGAGAAUGAUUUUGAGGUGCUUGUACAGCCUCCUCAAGCACAGAAACGUGCCGGCCCCGAUGGCGAUGACCUAGACGAUGGCUAUGGCUCAACCAAGCGCUCCAGGCCCGAGGAUGUCUAUGAAGCGACGUACAACUCUGCGGCAGUGCGCAACGACGAUUACGGAGCCAACAUCCAGUUCGCGUCCUACGGCGAUGAUUUCGGACAGUCAGCGUACCGCGACUCUGCGUCAGCAUCUUCUCGUGACGAUGGAUACGCAUCGAUGACGAGAAGCGAAACUCUAGACGAUGAAGCCGAGAGAAAGCCGAACAACGAUUCGGUCGGAUCUUCGAAGCUCAGCUUCGCCGAGAGAAUGAUGCAGAAAAUGGGUUACAAAGGAGAGGGCGGUCUUGGAAAAUCGGGGCAAGGUAUCGCCGAACCGGUUGCUCUAUCAACGCAGCGAGGCCGCACUGGUCUGGGCCACGAUUCUGCAAAUGCGUUCAAAUUCGACCCGCUGCUAGAAUGGGAUGAUUCGAGCGAAGUGAAGAAUGUCAAGGAGGAGAUUGAUUGGCUGGGUCUUUUUGAUCCAAGCGACCCGCUCUCCGGCGAGCAGCGCCAUAUCGAGGUCGGACGCGUCAUCAACACGGAAAAGUUCAAGGAAAAGAAGGAAAAAUUGACGAUUGAUGACGAGGACUUUGUCGUGGAUAAGAAGCUGCUCGCCGAUCUUCUUGCUGCCAAGACGGUUUUCGAUCAUCUUGAUGAGCGGAGUCUUAACCAAGCCCGCCUUCGAGCAAACCCUUAUGAAACGAUCGCGUCCGGUAUUUUCCAGAACCGAGCAGCCAUGAAAGCCGCCAACCUAGAUGCAGUCUUCGAUUUCCUCUUCACUGGCGAGGACCCGGCGCAAGUGGAGAAAAAAUGCCCUUUGCGACUGGACAAGGUGGGAGAGAACACCACCCGUGAUGCCCCACUAUUCUAUUUUGCCGACGUUUGUGCCGGCCCUGGCGGCUUCUCGGAAUACACGCUGUGGCGCAAGAACUUCUACAAUGCCAAGGGAUUCGGGUUUACGCUCAAAAAUGAAUGUGACUUCAACUUGCGCAAAUUCAUGGCCUCAUCGCCACUGCUUUUUGAGCCUCACUACGGUGAAACAAACACCGGUGACGCGACGAAGCCUCAGAAUAUCGAGAGCUUCGAAAAGUUCGUGAUGAAGGGCACUGACGGGCUGGGCGUGCAUCUGAUGAUGGCCGACGGCGGGUUCAGCGUCAAGGGGAAGGAAAAUAUACAAGAGAUCUGCUCCAAGCGCAUCUACCUAUGCCAACUUCUGAUCUCGCUGUGUGUGCUGCGCGAGGGCGGCAACUUUUAUUGCAAGCUGUUCGACAUCUUCACGCGCUUCUCCUACGAACUCUGCUUCCUCAUGACGCUCUGCUACGAGGACGUCUGCAUCCACAAGCCGCACACCAGCCGACCGGCCAAUUCGGAAAGGUACAUCGUAUGCAAAGGCCUGAAACGCGAAUACUCUGACCCAAUCCGUGACUACCUGAAAAAGGCGAACAUCCGGAUGGAGGAGCUGUGGAAAGUGGAGAAGGAGGGCAAAAAAGACGUGAUGGAACUGCUGCCCGGCCACUUUGUCGACGGCAAGCUGACGGCGGCUGAAAAGCAAUUUCUCGAAUACCUCACCGACAACAAUAAUAUGUUUGCAAAACGUCAAACACACUACCUGCACAAGUACGAGAAGUAUGCCCGGAAUCCGAAUCUGAUUGACCGCGACCAGGCCGAUCUGCGCGAGCAGUGCAUGGCCUAUUGGAAGGUCCCCUACGACAUUCAGGACAAGAAGGGCCUCAGCGCUUCCCGUCUUCAGGAACUCAACAGCGAGCAGGCGCUGACGAUUUUGGAAAGAUAUGGCAAAUAUAGCAAGAUGCUCUCCAGCGAGGAUGUUUUUCCGAAAUAUCACCCGUUCCCUGAAUUCAUCCGGGAUUUGCGUCCAGAAAAAACCGAUAAGUCACGCUAUCGUGAUGAGGAGUAUCGAUGUGUGUGGGCAACUGCGAAUGAGGGCGGCCAGCAGCGACCUCCCCAUUUUCUGAUAGCUGGAAGGGCGGGUGUCUAUUUGUACCGGCCGAAAUCUAAUAACCCUCAAGGCUACGACAAGGAAGAAUACUUUGGGAAAUAUCGAAUUCCGGGCCCAUCCGUGCUCUCCAUCGAACUGACCGCAUCGGCUGAAGAGGCGUCCCACGACAAAUUCCACGCGCCGAAGAAGCUCGUCAUCCGCAUUUUGGAUGCUGCUGUCUUGAUCGGUGACUAUAUCGGCGCACUGCCCUACGAGAAGCGCCUCGAGUGCAUCAAGAAGUUUUGCAAGGCGGCAUCUUUGGUCUCGGGUUCUGUCAGCGUGCAAACGCCAAAACAACAGCAAAACUUCAACCGGAACCGGUCAUUCGUCAAACUGGAGCCGAUUGUGUUUCAGCCGAUGGAGUUGGUUGUCGCCGGAUGUUUCAAGCUCAGCGAGAUUCCACUGCAUCGCCCGGUCCUGACAAAACACCAGAACGAACCUGUGGCUUUCAUUCGCGAAGGUCAAAACGCUUUCCGCGUCAGUGGCUUGCAUGUGCUGAAAUAUUUGAAUGACCAAUGGAGCGUUUUCUGGAGCAACACGGCCAAGCAGUGCUACGCGUAUUCAGUAGUAAAGCAACCUGGUGGUGGCCACAAGGCGGCAUCGGUGUUCCCCGACAAAUACGCGGAGAACCAAGUGACGACCAACUUCUACGACACAGCUUUCACCAAGAAUCGCCCUCACAUGCACCAGUUCUGGAGUUGGCAGAAUAGCCGCAGUUCCGCAGAGGCCUACGCCGCCCUCCACCCGACCCGCAGAAUGGACACGCAGUACACGAUAGAGCCCGUCCCCGGCUACGAAUUCCUGCAGCGUACGGCGCCCGAUCUCCCCUCUCACGCGAGCCGCUAUAACGGGAAGCCCCUCACAUUGAAUGAAAGGUUCGGAAUCUACGCGCGCGGCUACCUCAUCCAUGCGAUCGAGACCGAAUCCGAUGAACGACACGAGCGACUCGUCAAGACCAAAACAAUCACCAAGACCAAG